ACACUUUCUCCAAAGACGUCAAACAGCUGUCAUAAUUUUUCGCCCAGGAAAACUCUUCUCGCGUUUUGCUAAAUUAUAAAAAUAAACCUAAGCAAAAUGAUGAACUUGUCGAGAGCUGUUGUCCGUAGCUUCACCACCACCGCUGGCCGUCGCUCUGCCGCCGUGCCCAAGGACCAAAUCGAGAAGGGCUACUUCGAGAUCCGCAAGGUGCAGGAGCAUUUCCAGAAGAAGGACGGCAAGCCUGUUUUCCUGAAGGGAUCCGCCGUCGAUCAGGUUCUGUACCGCAUCACAGUGGCCCUCGCCCUGGUCGGCAUCGGCGGCAUGGGCAAGCUCUUCUACGAACUGAGCGUACCCAAGAAGGAAUAAGAUGUGUAGGAGUGAUCCCUAAGCUAAGCCACAAAAUCCGUGAUCCAACCCACAUUUGUUUUGCAGUGUAGUUGCCUUAUAUUUCGU